GUUUGUCUAAUCACGAUGUGGUGGGCUCUGUGCGUGAUCGCAACGGUAGCGGGCGUCGCCGCGCUGCCCACAGAGAACGUAACAUCACGCAAUGUUUAUGUAACGAUUAAAAACAUCUUAGCCGAAGGAUAUCGUGCAGAAGCACAUGAUGUUAUUACUGAAGACGAGUAUAUUUUAGAAGUCCAUAGAAUUCCUUAUCGAAAGAACGAAGAUUCGGGUGACGCAAAUAGACCGAUAGUUCUCUUUAUGCACGGAUUACUCGGUGCUUCUAACUCAUUCACUAUCUAUGGAUCUGAAUAUAGCAUGGGUUACCACUUAGCAGACGCCGGUUACGACGUUUGGUUAGGAAAUGCAAGAGGCACAAAGAAUUCACGACGUCAUCUUAAACUUGACGCAGACGACAAUACUGAAAAGUUGCAAUUUUUCGAUUUUACAUUCGAAGAUAUCGGAAGAUACGACGUCGCUGCGAUCGUUAAUUAUAUAUUAAAUCACACGAAACAAGAUGCCUUGCAUUUCAUUGGUCACUCGCAAGGUGCCACAAAUUUUUUGGUCCUAGCGAGCAUGAGGCCAGAAUUUAAUAGAAAAUUUAUCUCUGCCCAUUUAUUGGGUCCUGUGGGAUAUCAGAGUCACUUUCCAAAUCAGCAACUCUUAAAGUUUUCCCGGCUCACUGACAUGAUAUAUUCUGUUGGAGUGUCAUUGGGCUACGUGGAGCUUUAUCCACCUAAUUCCACCGUGGCUUUGGAUAUCAAUACUACUAGCAUCUGCCUCAACUACCUUCAUUCUCAAAACCUUUGCGAAUCAUUGAGUGACAAAAUUGAACUGACGACCAGUGAGGUUGACGUGGAUUUAAUCGGAGGAGGAUCUAUCAAACAAUUCGCUCAUUAUGGUCAGAACAUAAGAGACAGAGCAUUUAGAAGAUGGAAUUAUGGGAUAGCAAGAAAUUUACAAAUAUACGGAUGGGAAAGACCUCCACCUUAUGACUUAAAGAAAAUCACAACAAAAGUUACAUUACACUACACAUUGAAUGAUAAAUUAGUAGAUACUAGAGACAUAUUUGCGAUGGCUCACGAUUUAAGACAUGCAGAUAUACGAAAAGUACCACGGGAUAGUUUUCUACAUGAAGAAUUCGUAACCGCUAAAGAUGCAAAGGAAUUAGUUACUGUAUAUAUCAUUGAUGCAAUUGCAAAAGAUCAUCAAAAUAAAAUGGAAGAUAAUAGUUAUGAAGUUAGUAACGAGGAUGAUGAAGAUUAUGAAGAAGAAUCUCCAAGUUCAAGUCACAGCGUAGAGUCAAAAUGGAUAAAAUUGAUCAUUACAUUUAGUUUAGUCGUAUUUUGUAAUAUAUAAGACUUUUACUUUUGUACUCGAGAUAUAAGAAUUCUUUU